AUGAGAAUUCCUUUAAAUCAAGGGAAGUCAGAAAAACCAAAAAAAACCUUAUUAUUAUCAUAACCAAUUAUCUUUCAAUCAAAAGGUACAAUUAAAAAUGAGUUAAUGAUGGAUUACAUUCCUAAUUCAACUAAGACAACUACUUUUAGAUCAUAUGAAACUGGCAAUUUCUAUAAUACUCAAUAUGGAUUAGGAGAUUAGACUAAAUAAUUUAUGUAAAAUCAAGAGCAAAUCUAGUAACAGAGUAAUUGCAAAAGAGUAUUGAAAUAAGCUGCUGAUACGUUUGCCUUAACAUCUUCAACAUAGAAUAUAUUUGAUGGUAAAGUAAUAAGUGAAUUGUAGAGGCAAAUAAUGAAGAGCGAAAAAAGUAUAUAGAUUAUACAGGUGGUCCUAAGUAUGAUAGUGAUAAAUAGGAUAAGGUGAUCAAAUAUUCAGUUGUUGGAUAUUAAUAAUUUCUAAGAAUUCAUUAAGAGAAACUAAGACAAUAUUAGAGACUAAAGAAAAAUUAAUAGAAUCAAAUGACAACAGAUGAUUCAUUAUUAGAUGAAUAACCUCCUACUAGAACUAAUCAAUAGGCUUAAUCAAUUAUUCUAGAUAAAUAAUAGGGUAGGAAAACACCAAAGAAGAGUAAAGUUGAUUAACGUUAUUUAAGCAAAAGAGAAUUAAAUCAAAUAGUAAGAGAUGCUGAAAAACACAUUUAAGAGGCAUAAAUAGAAUAAGAAAAGGUAGAAUAGAAACUCCCAUUUCAUUUAAAAAAUGCUUUAUCAAGAGAAGAAAGAGCAAUGAAGAAGUUUGAGAAUGUAAAGACUUCAUGGGAAAAUGUUAAUAUAUAAGUAGCUUCUAAUUGUUAACGAGAACCAGAAUAAACAAUAAUGAGUAGAGCAGAUUAAUAUAGAGAAAGAAAUUAAAAGAUUUAAGCAAUAGAACUUAGUAAAGGUGAAGAGGAAAAAAAUAGUAGUAGAUAUUGGUAUCUAAAAUUAAGAUGGUAUGAUCACAAAGAUAAUAGACCAUAAUUUUCAUUACUUACUUAAUCAAUGAAAUCUAAAAAUUGUUAGAAAUUUGAAAAUAGAUUAGUGAAUAGAUUUUUAUCAGAUUUUGAUGCAGAAAGACUUGGUUAAUAAUAACAAUUUGUUUUAUCUGAUAUUUAGGCUAAUUUUAAUUCAAAAUUGAUUGAUAAUCCAUUUAAAUAGGUUGAAACUGUGAUUUCAGAUAAUAGUAUAUAAUAUAUAUAUAUAAUUUAGAAAUUAAUGAAAAUGAGACUACUUAAUCUUAUAAAACAAGAUUGUAUACUAAUAAAUUAAUUACAUAAUAUAAUUAAAAAUUGUAGGAUUAACCAAAGAAAAAAUUUGUUGAUUGCAAGAAUUUUCUUUAUUUAUCAGGUGAAAGUUAAAAAGAUAGAGAACAAAAAAUGUUAAAUAGAGAAACAGGAAAAUAGUUUAAAUUGGUUGAAAUUCCAAAUGAAGAACCUGAAGUCAUAAUUAAUACUUGGAAUAAAAAGAAUUUAGCAAAAUCAGGAGAAUUUAUUUUAUUUUGA